AUGAUCCCCUGCGGGACAAGAGCCGCGGGCGCGCCGUGCGGUGCCGGCCCGGCCGCCGGGCUCCCCGGCCGCGAGGGCGAGGGGCUCUGCGGCGCCCGCGAGCGGCCCCAGGCCAGCUCCGAGGAGGACGGCCGCCCCGUCGGCCUCUCCGGGGAUGACCUCCCCAAGAGCAUGUCCGACUCCUCCGUCUCCUCCUACCACUCGGCCCUGUGCUCGGAGGGGACGGAGACCUUCAGCGACUGCCUAGAGUCCCUGGAAGAGGAGGGAGAGGGCCCGCCGGCCGCGCCGCCCGCCGAGGACGGGGGCCGCCCCGCGCCGGCCGAGGGGCCGCCGGGGAGCCGCCGGGCUCCAGGCGGUGCUGCCGGCAGCGCGGCCGGCGCCCCGGGUGGCGGGGCCGGCGGCCGCCCGCGGGAGGAGAGGACCCGACAGGUUCAGCUGUCAGUCACGGCUAAGAAUAGCGCGGCUGCCGGGCACGGGGGCAGGAUGGGUCCCGGCCGAGGGGAACGGCAGCCCGCCGCCUCGGAGUACUCGGAUCAGCCGUCACCGUUCAACGCGGAGGGACCCGGGCUGAUGUUCUGCAACGCGCACAAAGCGAAGAAGGGCGGCCGGGCCCCCGGGGGCGGCAAGCCGGCGUGCGCCCAGCGCGGCGCGCUCAGCGACUCGGACGAGGCCGACAGUGAGGUGCAGAAGCUCACGGCGCGGUCCUUCCGGAGCCUCUCGGGCCCCCACGGCGGCUACCUCGACAUGUACAGCUCCCACACCUCCUCCAGCCUCUCCAACUCCCUGUCGGAGGACAGCGGUGCCAUGAAGCGGUGGCCGACGUGCGGAGAGCCGCUGGCCGAGCUCGGCGGCGGCUUGCCGGGCAAGGAGCAGUUUGAGUGCGUCGAUGUUGAGCUGGAGAGCAACGAUGCUAAAAAGGGUCACUGCAAAAAAAGGACCGUCCCCAAGCGCCAGAUCCAGCUCAAGAGAAAGGAGAGGAAGGAGGCAGGUUUUGUCCCCUGGAGCGACUGCUCAUCCCACCAGGCCCUGCCGCCGCCCCGAAAGGAGCCGCUGGCGAAAGGCAGGACCAUCAGCGACGAGUUCAGGAUCAACUACAAGCAGUUCAUGAAGACGGCGUCGCUGGAUGAUACCCACAGCAAGACCAGGAUGGCCUCUUGCCUGGUUAAAAACGUGCUGGCCAAAAAAAUGCAGUACGAGCAGAGGAUUAAAAUGGAGCAGAGGGCGCUGCGGGGCAGCUCGACCUCGUCGGGACCCUCGUCCGUGGGCACCGACCUGGCAGGCGACUGCCCCGAGGGCAAGUCGAGCUCGCUGUCCAAGUCGGACUGCAGCUACUCGGCGGAGGACGUGCGGGGCCCCCCGGGCGGCGGCGAGCGGCCCGCCAAGGGGGUGGUGCUCACCGAGCAGACCAGGGAAAACGUCUGCAAGCUGAAGACGACUUUCAACGAGCUCAACGAGCGACUGAAGUACCAGGAGGUGAUGCAGUGCCAGCGGCUGCCCGCGGCAGCGGCCACCGCCGGCCCCGCGGCCGAGUCGCCCGGCGGCGGGAGGGAGCCCGCGGCAGAGAGGAAGGACUGCGGGAGAGCCCGCGGCCCGACCGAACCGUGGCACGGUGACAGGAAGGCGCCGGCCGCCGGCCCGAAAUUCGAGAAACCGCAAAAGCCGUGGCCCAGCUUGAGGCAGCGAGCCAUCCGGCCCGGCAAGCCCGAAACGCUCCCCUUCGAGCCGAGGAGCCUGGGGAUCCCCGAGGCGGCGUCCCGGAGCGUCUUCACCUCCAGGACGCAGGAGCUGAAGCUGGUCCCGCAGAGCCGGCGGGAGGAGAAGCCGCCGCCGGAGCCGGAGGGCAGCUCCGAGGGGCGCGCCGUGGGCGGCCCCCGCCGGCCCCCCGCUGCCCGCUCUCCGGAGGGCCCCCCCCAGCCUGGAAAUAAGGGGAAGGGGCAAAUCCCUCAGCCCCGGGACGUCCGCAAGCUGGUGAAGAACACCUACAGCCUGUGCUUCAAGCCGGCGGGCAGCCCCGCGCCCGCCCCCGCGGGCAGCGGCGCCGGCGGCCCGAGCCCCCCGGCGGGGGAGCCUGCCGCAGCCUCCCCCCUCUUCAUACACUGCACGUCGGUCUGCCGCAAAGAGCCGGUGCCAGCGAUGAGCCGCGCUCAUAAAAAAAGCCCCCAACAGCCGGAGGACGGAGACGCGUUGACAGUUCCCGGCCAGGAGCCAGCCGAGGCACGUGCCGCCGGCCCCGCAAAGCCGCCCGAAAGCCGGCGCUCGGCGCUGAGGGGCUCCCCGAUGCGCCUCACGAGGAUGGAGUCCACGCGGAGGGCGGCCGGCGGGCACGAGGGGCCCCCGGGCGGCAGCGGAGACCCCGGCGCCCACCGCGAGCGCAGCGAGCUGACCCUGCCGCCGGUGGCCAGGGCGGCCCCGCACCUGGAGUCCCACCUCCACAUCCAGGUCGGCCCGCCGGCGGUGGCCGCGGAGCGGGCACCUGAGAAGACCGUCCUCUUCCCACCUCCAGCAAGUGCCGCGGGGGAAGUCGAGGGGCACCGUGAUGGCACAGCCGCAGCCGAAGGGCCCGACCCAUGGCUGCAGCAGCCCCUCAGCAGCGAGGGCAGUUUUGGGCCCACUGGGGCUGGCAGGGUCUCCGAGCCGGGACCACCCCCUGGAGGCAGCACACCUCCGCAACCCGUGAAACCAGCAGCAAUAAGCGCCCCAAAGCCGUUCACAACCGAGCGUCCCGUGAGCAGCGCGGGUCCCCGGGAGGCCGAGAGGGAAAGGCCUGACGCGGGGAAGCAGCCGGGCAGCUGGGUGGUUUCAGCAGGGACCGGCUUGUCUCCAGAUGGCGUUGGCCCCACCACUGCGUUUCAAGUGAGGGAGGGCAGUGAAGAGGCCGGGGUGCCCAAAGGGCCUUCUGUCGCCCCAGCGCCACUCGCUGGCAGGCUGCCAGAUCAGAGGGAGAGCUGGGAGCAUUUAGUGAAGCAGCCAGGAGCCAGCGAACAGUAUUUUACGGCUACCCCCAUGGAGAAUACAAACUACUUAACAAUUCCUGUGAAAGCCUCCAAAUCCACCCCAGCACCAAAGCUGCCUCCGGUGCCCAGCACUUCCUUUGGGACCCCCUUGGUCCCCAACCCAGCCAGCACAUCCUUCGGGACCCCCUUGGUCCCCAACUCAGCCAGCACAUCCUUCAGACGCCCAUCAGCCUCCAAACCGGUCAGCACUUCUUUUGGAUCUCCCUUGGUCCUCAACCCAUCUAGCACGUCAUUUGGGACCCCCUUGGUGCCCAACCCAUCCAGUACAUCCUUUGGGAUCCCCCUGGUCACAAAUCCAGUCCCUGCUUCCCUUGGACACCCAUCAGUUUCCAAAGCAGCCAGCACAUCAUUUGGGUCCCCUUUGGUCCCCAGCCCAACCAUGGCUUCCUUUGGGUCACCUUUGGUCCCCAACCCAGCCAGCCUUCCAUCAGUGGGCAGUGUGUCCCUCCUGCCAGGUGGGGAAGCCCCAGGGAGCAAACCCAGCCCUGAACCACCCCUGCCCCAGGCCUCCGAAGGCCAGGCCACUGCAGAGCGUCCAGGGGCCCAGUCCCAGCCUCGCCUCGAGGACGCUCCCCAUUUCCUAAGGAGGACCGACACUGCAUCACCGAGCAGUAAGAGCACACCAAGCCCAACCAGGCCCUUUGCUCCCCACUUGUCCAUGCACCGAAAAAUGCUUGUCGAUCCCGACAGCGGGAAAUGCUAUUAUAUGGAGCCACCAAGGCAGCCUCAGCUGAAAACACUCUACGACCCUGAGACAGGGCAGUACCUCGAGGUACUGAUCCCACCAGUGCCCUUGGCGUCCCACACCGGGCUCUACCAGGCUCCUUUCAACCCGCUGGUCAUGACGCCAGGGGUCUACGGGCCACCCUAUAUGCCCUACACUGGCUUCCCAGGGCUCUCAACACCCCAGCCGCUCGCCGCCGCCUCCCCAGCGCACCCCAACCCACAGAGCCAGCCGUCAGCGGCCGAAAACACCAUCUUCCCUGCAGCCUUCAGCCCAGCUCCCAAGGGUGAGGGGCCCCCAGCUGCAGCGGGCCCCGACUGCAGCUACCUGGACAGCCUGUAUUACAUCCCCACGGGGAUGCAGGCCAGCCCCAGCCCUGGCCCCGGCCAGCCCCCCACCAGCGGCAGCCCGGCCAGGCCUGAGAAGGGACCACUGCUUCGGAUGUGAUGGCCUGCAGCUCUUGGAUGGACAUGGCACACUCAUGCUCAAGCAUCUAUACUUUAAAACCUGACCCUGAUACAAGUCAGCAUCUGUACCUAAGCCUCGGUUGGAAUUGCCUUGGAGGAAGAAACCCCAUGCCCAUGCAUGAGCUUGUAGAGCACCCGCAGGGGCACAGGCCACCAGCUGGACCGGAUAGAUUUCUAAUAAGAACAGGGGGGAAAAAAAGGUAUUUUUUUACAAUCUAUUACAGCAUGAGCACCUGGCAGCCCUGGGGUCCUGAAGUUGUGGGAGCUCAGCUACCACUGGCAAAGGGACCAGGAUGCACGGCACCCACUUUCCUCUGUAGGGCUGUCCUGUCCCAAGGCGUGUCCCAGGCUGUGAUCACCUCCUAAGGGUGCCCAAGGCUGUGAUCCUCUUCCAAGGGCACCCCAGGCUGUGAUCUCCUCCCAAGGGCACUCUGGGCUGUGAUCCUCUCCCAAAGCUGCCUCGGGCUGUGAUCCCAUCCCAAGGGUGCCCCAGGCUGUGAUCCUCUCCCAAGCAUGCCCUAGGCUGUGAUCUCCUCUCAAGGACAUCCCCAGCUGUGACCCCCCCACCACACACACCAAGGGUGCCCCAAGCUGUGAUCCCCCCUCCACCCCCCCAAGGGCACCCCAGCCUGUGAUCCCCUCCCAAGGGCACUCCAGGCUGUGACACCCCCCCCCCCCAGGUGUCCCAGUCUAUGACUCCCUCCAAGGGUGCCCUGCGCCAGGCUGGGCUGGUUGGGAGGUGCUGAUGGCCACGGGCUGAGCACUGCACGCUCAGCACCCAUGGGCAGGGGGUGGGGGGCGGCGGGGUCAGGGCCAGGCAG